AUGCGAAUGUUGCAAACACUUUUCCCAUUCUGCACAUAUAUAGGCAGGGUCUAUCACUGGCACCCUGCACCAAUAUGUGCAGAAUGGGAAAAGCGCGCACUUUUGUUCUUCGAUGCGAAUGUGUCGGACAUAAUUCCUGAUUUGCUCAUAUAUUUGCAGGGUCUAUCACUAGGACCCUGCACAUAUAUGAGCAAAUCAGGAAUUGCUUGCACUUUUUCACUUGAAUGUGAUUCAUUGAAUUUCAAUUCGAGAAAGGAGUUUACAA